AUGUCUCGUGACUUUCGUGAAGCAUUUUUGAAUUAUGUUCUCAAGAAUAGUCAUUCAGGUGAUGCUAGCAGUGUCAUCAAUACCAUUGACGAGUACUGUUGGACUCAACAAGCACUCAUGAAUAUUGGCGAUGGAAAAGGAAAAAUUCUUGAUGCGGCUCUACAAUCUAGACAACCAAAAACGGUUCUUGAACUCGGUACUUUUCUUGGCUAUAGUUCAUUGCGCAUGGCUUCUCAAUUACCUGAAGAUACAUUAAUUGUCACCAUCGAAGUAAAUCCUGAAUCAGCAGCUACUGCUCGACGUAUUCAUGAACAUGCUGGUGUUGAAAAUCGCAUACAAAUUGUUCUUGAUCAAACUGACCGUGCGAUUCCUCGUUUGAGUAAACAAUUCAAUGUUGAUUCAUUUGAUUUUAUCUUUAUUGAUCAUCAUAAAGAGGCCUACUUAAGUGAUUUUAAACUACUUGAAAAUGUCGGUUUGAUCAAACGUGGUACCAUGAUUGUUGCUGACAAUAUUAUCUAUCCCGGUGCACCUGACUAUGCAAACUAUGUUCGAAAUAAUCCACAUUAUACAUCGACAUUUCAUGAAUCGACUCUCGAAUAUGACAAGAAUAUUCGUGAUGGUGUAGAAGUUUCGAUUCGACAAUAA